UGCACGUGUGUGUUCCAGUGUGUCGUGUGUGCCAUUAAAAACCUGACAAAGGUCUUAUUUAUUAGUUCUGCAGUAACUGAUGGGAAAAUAUUGAUUUAGUACUGUCCUACAGUUGAUAUGGUGGCAGAUGUCAUGACAAAGCCAAUGACAAAGUUCAAGGUGGAGAGAUUUAUGACAUUUAUGUUUGGUAUGUAAAAGGUUAAACUCAAUCAAAAUAAAGAAAUGAUAGAGAUAGAGUGUCUCUGUUAUACAGUAUACUAGUACAGAAGCCUGUAUACUAAAGUUUUGUAUUAUUUGUAAGCCUAUGAUUUGGUGAGUAGCCUACGUGAUCAAGUGGGGGUGUUAACAUAUGUGAUCUCAUACGUCAUACGUGAUGUUCAGUAUAAAUACAACUACGCAAAUAAAGUAUUUCUUUUUCCGGUCUACCACUAACAGAUAUGAGCAGUGUGAAUCAUUUUCUUCUGUAAACGAUAUAAGUUUAUCCCUACAUUAGCCUAGUGAGAAUUGCUACGUCAACAGUUAAGUUGCACUCAUCUACAUUUUGUGUAAACUUCUCAACAUCCUCUGUACAUUUUGCCUGCUCAUUUUUGUGGGGACAAACUUUUGCCCAGUGAUAAGUGCUUUGACAGACAGCAGUGUGAUCUUCUCCCGAAUUUGUCGAAUGGAUUUGAGCCUGGCACGGUACUUUGAUUUUUUUUAACUAGAUUGUGCAUCACGUUUCACAGCAAAUCGCAUGUAGCAUGCGCAGUCCGGAUCAUUUGAUUCACUAGCUCCUUCUGGCGAUUUAUUAUCAAAGAUUCUCUUCAAGGCGGAUUUCAUGUCACUAAACGCGAGGUCUGAACAAGAGGACGAUGUCAAACCCUGAUGCCCAAGCUGAGAUUCAGGCCCUGAAAGAACGAGUACAGGCUGAUAAGGAUACCAUCAACCAAUUAAAGGACGUGAAUGAGGACUUGCAGGGACAGUUGCAGGACAGGGAAAGCAGUAGACCCUCCAGCCGUGCAAGUGGGAGUGCGGUAGAAGCUAGAAUGCCUACGACAAAGACGAGGAUUCCAGAGGGAGAGAAUCAGCGAAAGGGGAGCACAUCUUUGCAGAGUUGUGUACAAAGAAGAAAACCAGCAGAAAUGUCCACCCCAGCUAGAGAGCCAGUGAUGCAGGCAGCAGGUGCCUCCCAGACUACACCGAAAGUGAAGGAGGAGAAUGGCUCCAAGUCUAUAACUACACCUAGUCCAGGGAAAGUGAAGGAGGAGAAUGACUCCACUUCUUUGAGUCAACAUUCAUAUAAUUUCGUAGCAAAAUUUGGUCUACAUGGCGAUGAAUACCACACCAUUCACUGUGAUCAACCUUGCACAGUGCUGGAGGCAAUACAAUCAAAUGAAACAUUGCAGGAGAUGAUGAUUAAUUGUGCCGAUGAGAACGUUAUUAUUCAGCUGGGUAAAGAGGAUAAGGAAUGUAUUGUUGCAACACAUUUCCCUUGUUCUUGUAUCGAGGAUGGUACGUUUCUGUCCAUAGUCUGUGAUUCAGUAAAGGUCGAAGAAACUCAAGGCCAAUUGACAAAACCGAUUGAAAAAAAAAUAUAUCCAAAAGACAAAUAUGUAAUCUUCUACAUUGAUAGAGAGGGAGGGCAAAACACCAAAAAAAAGAUUUUUUUUAUAAAUGAUCGUGUCAAACAGUUCAAGUAUCUCUGUGUUUACGGAAAGAAGGGGAUGACUGUAAAGGAGGUUCUUAAAAGAGAUGGACGCUUCAUUGAUGACCUUGGUAACUUCCACCUGUCUGACAAUGAGAAUCCAAAACUCCGCACUGUAUGCACACAAAAGGUUGGCAACCUGCACCAGAAAAAAUUCAAGAUAUGUCUUCCACGUCGUAAAGGAAAAAAACAUGAAACACCUGUGAAAAGGCAGAGGCUGUCAUCGCUGAAAACACCAGUCUCAGAUGUAGUACAUCAGAGUGGAAUGAGUGUAAAAACAGCACUGGAAAAGAUAGGGAGCAGCGGCAACACUGAGGAGAUUUAUGAACGACUGCGUCAGCAGUUUCCAGAACUGAGAAAAUUGAUGGAGAGUAGAUUCCCUGGUGAUUCUUAUCAGAAAGCACUGAACCUCAGGAAGGAAAACUUUGGAAAAAUCCUGCAAUCUUUUAGUGACGUUCACAGAGUCAGGAAGGUGCUCGAACUGGGCGAGUCAGUUUGCAAAGUCAUUGUAAAGUAUGUUUCUGAUGGAACAGGCUUUGUGCUGUUUGAUAGUUUUAUCCUGACUAACUUACAUUUAUUUAAAGGUUAUGUCGAAGGAGGAAAACUACAGGAGGAUGUACAAGUUUUUGCUCGAUUUGGGUAUGGUGAUCCUGAGCUAGAAACAAAUUACUCUGACUUUACUGCCAAGAAAACAUUUGUUGACUUUGAUGUCGAGUUUGAUUAUGCCAUACUGGAACUCAACCCUGAGGGGGAGAAAUCCAACCACCAAACAACCAAGGUAAAGGUACCACAAGGGCUCCUGAGGACAGUUGGUCCACUACCUCAGAAUGGCGAAGCCUGUAUUAUUGGUCACCCAGAAGGAAAAGUGAAAACAAUGGAUCCUACAUGGAUCAUUGAGAUAGAUAACAGAGGAAAGGCUGUUGAGGACCAUUUACAAAAGUACAAAGACCACCCCAUCAUCAUUGUUGAAACGAUCCAACAAAUGAUCAGUGAUCAAGGCAUUGAUGACAUAAUGAUAAGUGGAAGUAAAGAUGUAGCGACCUACCACACUUUCAUGUAUCACGGUGCUUCAGGCUCCCCGGUGGUUGAUGCCCUUGGCAGAGUUUUUGGUUUGCACUCCGCAGGAUUUGCCUAUGAGUAUCCAGACAAGAGUAAGCAGAGUGUGAUUGAGUAUGCCUACCCUGUGCUUGCUAUAUUUAAAAAGUUUGUGGAUAAUUUGAGAGAAAGUGGAAAUAUGGAGCUGUUGGAAAGAGUUAAGAAGGUGGCAGAGGAAAACCCGUACCUAACAGACAUAAUAACUCAGGUUCUUAGCCAGCCGAUCACGAGAGUAUAGUGAAGGGAAGUAGGUGUUCAGAGCAAAGGCUCCUUAGGCAAGUAGCACACCACAUCUGGCUGCAGAGAUUGUUAAUAAGUCAUUAAACUCCAAGUGAAUGAACACUUAGGAUUGAACAUAUUAGACCUUUUUCUUCCAAAACUGAGCCUCCUGUUUUGUUCAGACCCACCAAAUCCAACUUCUAUGUUUGAUCUUUGCUCAGCCACUGCAUUCAUAACCAUCCACUUUAAAUCAUUUGUGUUGCUUUUAUAACAUUGAUAUUGCAUUCCAGCCUCACUCUAAAAGCUGUUAGGUGCACUGUUGCUACAACCAUCUACUGUUAACCUGUUUGUGAAAGCUGCAAUUUCAUAAUCGAGUGUUUUACAUUUACAUUUAGUCAUUUAGCAGACGCUUUUAUCCAAAGCGUGAACAAAUGAGAGAACAAUCAAGCUAU